AUGAAGUUAUUGGUUGUAUUGGUCGCAUCGCUGGCCGUGGUGGCCUUUGCCAGUGAGGACAAAGCAGCACCAAAACAAGCCGCUGCCGAAGACAAGAAACAGGAGAAGAGAGGCAUCUAUGAUAUCGGACAUUACGGCGGCGGUGGCGGUGGCGGCGGCGGUGGCGGUGACGGAGGAUACGGUGGACAUAGCUUCGGUGGCGAGGGAGGUUUUGGUGGACACAGCUUCGGCAACGAGGGUUUUGGUGGUCAAGGACAUGAAGGACUAAGUUUCGGCGGACACGGCCAUGAAGGCGGCGGUGAAUACGGUGGACACUCCGAAUUCGGCGGUAGCAACGGUGGCAGCAGCGGUGGCAGCAGCGGUGGCGGCUGGAAACCCAUUUCCUCUGAUGAUGGACAUCACCACCAUCACCACCAGACACAUCAUCACCAUGAGCACAUUAAGACGAUCGAGGUCGUUAAGAAGGUGCCCGUUCCCUACACUGUUGAGAAGCAUGUCCCAUAUACCGUUGAGAAGAAAGUGCCUUAUGAAGUCAAGGUGCACGUACCUCAGCCCUACACUGUUGAAAAGAGAGUUCCAGUCAAUGUGAAGGAGUAUGUCAAGUACCCUGUGCAUGUUCCAGAACCUUACACCGUUGAGAAGAAGGUACCUUAUGAAGUCAAGGUUUACGUUGACAAGCCCUACGAAGUCAAGGUUAAGGUGCCCACUCCUUAUACCGUCGAAAAGAAGGUUCCCUAUGAAGUCAAGGUCCACGUUCCUCAGCCCUACACUGUCGAAAAGAAGGUCCCAGUCCCCGUCAAAUACGAAGUCAAAGUACCUCAGCCCUAUGAAGUCAUCAAGAAAGUGCCUUAUGAAGUGAAGGUCCCAGUUGACAAGCCUUACAACGUAUACGUACCUAAGCCCUACCCAGUGCAUGUUGAGAAGCCCUACCCCGUGACCGUUCACAAGCCAGUCCCAUACGAAGUCAAGGUCCCAGUCGACAAGCCCUACAAGGUUGAGGUAGAGAAGCCUUACCCCGUCCAUAUUAAGGUUCCAGUUCCGAAACCUUAUGACGUGUACAAGAAGGUCCCUUACACCGUUGAGAAGAAAGUGCCUUAUGAAGUGAAAGUCCCUAUUGACAAGCCCUACCCCGUGUACAAGGAAGUCAAAGUUCCCGUGGUCAAGGAAGUUCCUUAUCCCGUGAAGGUGCACGUUCCUAUCUAUCUUAAGAAACACGAGGAACACCAUCACGGUCAUCACGGUCACGAAGAGCAACAUCACGGUUGGCAUUAA